ACAUACCCCAUUAGGAGACCUUAAGGAACAGUGUAAAAUCUUAGAUUAUAUAAAGGGAUUUCCUGAGGAGGGCAGUAAUACGCCUAGUGGCGUAAAAACUGCCAUCAUCUACAUGAAGCAGAAGAAGAAAGUUGUACUUCCUGUUAGAUUACACGUAGCGUCCCUGCUGUUAGAGAGCUUGAAGGACGAGUUCUGUGUUUUGAUCCUGGGACUGGACAACGCUGGGAAAACGACCUUUCUGGAACAAACCAAAACUAAAUUCAGUAAGAACUACAAGGGAAUGAAUUUAUCAAAGAUCACAACCACGGUUGGCCUGAACAUUGGUACAAUUGAUGUGGGAAAGGCUCGUCUAAUGUUCUGGGAUCUGGGAGGUCAGGAGGAGCUCCAGUCUCUGUGGGACAAAUACUAUGCUGAGUCCCAUGGAGUCAUCUAUGUGAUAGAUUCAACUGAUGAAGAGCGUCUGUCAGAAUCAAAGGAGGCCUUCGAGAAAAUGAUCAGCAGUGAGGUGUUAGAAGGUGUCCCACUCCUCGUGCUGGCCAACAAGCAGGACAUACCGGACUGUUUGUCAGUGGCAGACAUUAAAACAGCCUUCAGUGACUCUGCCCCGAAGAUCGGCAAGAGAGAUUGUUUAGUCCAGCCUUGUACGGCCCUAACAGGGGAUGGAGUGAACGAAGGCAUUGAGUGGAUGGUGAAGUGUGUGGUCCGAAACAUUCACAGGCCACCCAGACAGAAGGACAUCACGUAAGAAGUCACCAGCAGUCUUCACGCUUAUGUUGGACUGUGAGAUUCUCCUGGAGGACAUUCCAUGUAAGCCCUGGAGUUGAUAACUCUCCUCUCUCCUCGUGUUUGCUGCGACAUUGAACAGUUUGGAUACCUGCUUGUAGGAGUGCAUUACAGACAGAGUGUGACAGUAUUUUUUUAUCACCAAGCAUAAUUUCCGAUGUGCUUUGAAUGGACUCUUUCCUGUGUUCCACUUUUUGAAGCGGUGUUAUGAUUUCUUCUGCUUCAUGUGUGAGCAGCAUUCUCUGGUGCUGGCUGAGAUCGCUGUGACUGUGUCUGGAUGGAGCUUCACUGACUGACAACCCUGGAGCAUCACUUCAAACAUGACAUAGAGUGUGUGUGCCACAUACAGUGGCUUUCUAUUUCUUCACAGUAUCAGAUUUACUAAACAAUGUUUAGCACACAAUUUUUAAGUUGAAACUAAAAUCUGAAUUCUCACUUUUUGUGUUAAGAAAUAUAAAGCAACAAUGAUACUGCAAGCUUUUUGGCAUAUUUUCAAGAGGAUAGAAUCUUUUUUGAACAUAUUUGUGGAAACAGAAUACACUUCAGGCCUCUGGUUGGGCAGAUUCCUUGACAGCAGAUGAGUCCACAUAGCGAUAACUAUGAAACAUUAGCAAUUGAAUGCCUAUCCUUUUUUGAAAACGUGCCACGUUUGGUACUGUUAAGUUCGUAUUUCAGUCUUUAACUGGGAGCUAGUUAGCCUAGUUUGCUAACAUUAGCACCGAUUCCCACUAUAACUUUCUUUCGAUCAUCUGCUGAGUCACUGUCAAACUCCUGCAUCGUCACUGCUGUUUGUUCCACAAAGAAUCCAGUGUAGCUAGUAUUAGAGCAUGUUGAGACCAAAAAACAAGCGACCCAGCGAUUCGGCUGUGUUAGCAGCCUUAACUGUCCCUCUUCCUGAUGUAGCGAUGGCAAUGUUUCAGAUUCAGUGACAUUUCUUAUGACGUUUACUUACUUACUUACUUUACUUACUGACAUGACUCCUGUGGCAGCUGUGUAGUGUUGAGAGUUCAAAACAUUGGAAUCCAACUUUUAGUGAAAAAGGAGAACAACUACUUUAGCAGUUAUAUACUUUCCAGAUUUUUUUGAUCGAUUGUUUUGCAUCAUUUUGCUCCUAGGCCUCCGUGGAGCUCCAUACAGACUGUUGCAGCAGGCCAAACAGCAACAGUGUGGUACACAUAAUCGAAUGGCCACCAAACUGUUGUUUUUGAGGUUUCUUUUAUGUUAUCUGUAUAUUCUUUGACUUCUGUAAAACAUUUAUAGUUUGUUUAAAGCAAACUUUUUUUUUUAUUGACUUUGGAAAUGUUAGGGUUCUUAAUUGGCAGAGACACUUGAGCUGGGUAACUGGACACGAUAUCUGUAAACAACUACAUGCACAUAGUGUGCUGAAAACACUGAGAAAUCUUGCUGACCUCUGCUGAAUCACUUUAUACCAGUAGGUCAACUUGGGAUGUAUGAAGUGAUUAACAAAAUGAAGCUGACGUCCUCUUAUUAGUCACAUAUAUGGAAGAUGAUCAAAAUAAAUCUUUGAUUUCAAAGAAA